CCCCCCCCCCCUCCCACACAAACACUUUGGAAUAGGGGGCUCUGGAAUAAAGGGGAUAUAUAUUGGUGGGUGACGCGGCUGCCCAGCACAAGCGAGAAGGAUGGCAGCUUGGUUCACGUUUAUCAUCGCAUUCAGCACCACGAUACUGACACAGGUAUUUGGAUCCGGGGUUUUUGAGCUCGAUCUACAUGAAUUUACAAACAGCAAAGGAUUUCUGGCGAAUGGCAACUCUUGCAGGCUCAACUGCAGGACUUUCUUCCGAGUCUGUCUAAAAAACUACCAGGCUGUAGUGUCGCCAGGUGACUGUAUCUUUGGGAGUGCCGUGACACCGGUCCUGGGGACCAACUCGUUUAGCGUGAAGACCGGAGGCACUAUUAGCAGACCCAUCCGACUGCCUUUCAACUUUGGAUGGCCGGGUUCGUUUUCAAUGAUAAUUGAAGCCUGGUAUUCACCCUCAGCGGAUCUACCUGUAGACACCAGCAACCCAGAGAUGUUGAUUAGUUUCUUUGCCAUCCAGAGACAGCUGGGUGUAGGGACCGCCUGGUCUCAGAACGUUGAGAGCGCCCGACAGACGGAGAUAAGGUAUUCUUACCGGUUCAUCUGCAAUGACAAUUACUACGGAGAAAGUUGUUCCAAAAUAUGCACGCCGAGAGACGACCGUUUUGGCCACUACACCUGCGACCGUGACGGCCAGUUGUCCUGUCUGCCCGGCUGGAAUGGGGAAUACUGCGAAGAACCCAUCUGCCUGGUGGGAUGCAGUGAAGGGAAUGGAAACUGCUCCAGACCUGGCGAGUGUGUGUGCAGAGAAGGUUGGCAGGGUCUGUUCUGUGAUGAGUGUAAGAAGUACCCAGCUUGUAAGCAUGGCACCUGCCAACAGCCAUGGCAGUGUAACUGUAAGGAAGGCUGGGGAGGGCUCUUCUGUGACCAGGACUUGAACUUCUGCACGCACCACCGUCCGUGUGUGAACGGGGCGACCUGUAUGAACACGGGACAGGGCAGCUUCACCUGUACCUGUCCCCCUGGGUUCACUGGGUUAAACUGUGAGCUGGAGCUGCAGGAAUGUGACAGCAACCCCUGCAGGUACGGAGGACUCUGCACGAACCUGGAUGUUGGCUACAGGUGUUCGUGUCGGCAAGGUUUCGAGGGUUCCCACUGUGAACACAGCCUGCUGACGUGUGCAGACUCCCCUUGCUUCCACAGCGGACAGUGCCAUCAGAAGGACAACGGUCGCAGCUACACAUGCGAGUGUCCUCCCGGAUACACCGGACUCAAUUGUGAGAAAAGAGUGGACAAGUGCACGUCCCUUCCCUGCGCCAACGGUGGUCUGUGUUUGAUCCAUGGUGGCGUGCGUCUGUGUAGCUGUCGCUCCGGUUUCACCGGCCAGCGCUGCGAGAUCAACAUCAACGAGUGUGCCGGUAACCCCUGCACCAACGGAGGGACCUGCCUGGACCGCAUCAACGACUACACCUGUGCCUGCCCCCCGGGGUUCGCCGGCCGAAACUGUGACCGCGUCCUGGACGAGUGCUCCAUGCGCCCCUGUCUCAACGGAGGACUCUGCACCGGGGAAGGGGGUCCGGGGAAAUCCCCCACCACCUGUAUCUGUCCCACCGGCUUCACUGGACCCCGCUGUCAGUUCUUUGCAGUGACCCUGCCAGUCGGUGGUGAGAGGAUCAACGGAGAGAGCCAAGAUGGCUUCCAGUGGGCGGCAGUUUCCCUGGCUGUAGGGCUGGUUGCGUUUCUGGUGCUGCUAUGCAUGGUGGGGCUGGCUCUAAGACACAUCCACAGGCAGAUGGGCAGGGACAGAGGAGACCGGGAGACCAUGAACAACCUAUCAGACGUACAGAAGGAUAACCUUAUCCCUGCCUCCCAGCUGAAGAACACCAAUCAGAAGGUGGUACUGGAGGUAGACUGCGAAUCAGAGAAGUCAAAUUUUAUCCACAAGAACUAUCACUUGGACUAUAGUAACGCAAAGUCGAAGGAGUUCAAGGAUGAUAAGUCGCAAGAGGAUAAAAGACUAAAUCACAUUUACGACAAGUGUUUAGAAGAGAAAAUACCGAUGAGUGGAAUGUACAGUGAAACGGAGGAGUGUAGGAUAUCAACGAUAUGUUCCCCUCGAGACUCUCAGAUCUACCAGUCUGUCUUUGUUAUAGGAGAAGAGAAGAGGGAGUGCGUCAUAGCAACAGAGGUAUAAAGCUGUGUGAGGUAGAAAAGCGAGGGAGCAAGAAAGGCGGAGGAGAAAGGCAAUCAAAGGCAGAAAAUAUUUUUCUGGAUUGUUUACAAAAAAACCCGAGGAGAGACUAAAUAUCUGUUUCUGGUGUCACUGCUGCUCUGGAGCACUUGAGAGACGGGACCAUAGAGAAAAACAGAGAGACAGAGAGGAGAGCGGAAUCUCUGGAGCACUUGAGAGACGGGACCAUAGAGAAAAACAGAGAGACAGAGAGACAGAGAGGAGAGCGGAAUCUCUGGAGCACUUGAGAGACGGGACCAUAGAGAAAAACAGAGAGACAGAGAGACAGAGAGGAGAGCGGAAUCUCUGGAGCACUUGAGAGACGGGACCAUAGAGAAAAACAGAGAGACAGAGAGGAGAGCGGAAUCUCUCCUCUGUGAAUUAAAAAAAAAAUGAACACUCUAGACUGAACUUUACUGAACUUUAACAUUGACCAAGUGUUUGUAUACAAAACGUGUACAGUUCACAGUCAUGCACCUAUUAACUUCUGGGAACAAAUGGUUAAAUGAACUGUUAAAUGACUGACUGAACUGCACUGGGUGUGGAGGGGACUGGUAGAGUGUCAUUAGGCAAAACAAUGAACCUGAAUUGAACUCAUCUGUCCUUGGCAGCGAUUGGAGGAGACGGUAGGUAAAACAGGAAAAAUGUCCGUAGCUCGUAGUUGAACCCUGAGCACUCAGUUGACCCUUGACUUAUCUCCUGGGAUAAUCAUGGUGACUAACGACAGCCAACUAAUCAAAAUGGAGGUGCCUGAGAUUCGACUGAUCUUUAACCCUUAGCCAGCAUCAUUGACCAGCUAUGCAGGGUCCAGGGUGGAGCUAACUCAAUGAAACUCACCCACUGACCGCCACGACCCACCAGCAGUCGAAACCACAACCACAACAAACACACUGAGAACGAUGAAUGUCCGACUGAACAAACAAACAAACGUCUCAUCGUUCAAUCUCUAGAAACAAAAUACCUGGUUGGACUUUUCCGGACUUUUCCAUUUCAUGCAAAACGGUGAAAAGAUUGUAUGUCUAAAAUUACUAGAAGCCUAAAAGAGUGUGUUUGGAUGCUAAAAAACCCGUCUUCAUGGAGCAUUUGACCUACAAAAAUAAAAAAAACGGAGGUGGAAAAUACACUUUUUUAAUCGACAGUAAUUUGGAGGUUUCGUGCACUAAAUAGGGUAUAUACAUUUAAGACGCAACAAAUAAAUCACAGAAACGCAAUACUCAGGUGUAUUGCCAGCAGUAGUCCAAGAGAACAGGAAGGGAACUGACGGACAAGUUGAUAUUUACUACAUCCCAAAUGGCACUCUAUUUCCUAUAUAGUGCACUACUUUUGACCAGAGCCUUAUGAGCUCCGGUCAAAAGUAGUGCACUAAGUAGGGACUUAGGGUGUACUUUGGGACUUUGACAAUAACAGCCCUGAAAUAAAGAGACACAAAAGGAUUCAUAAAAGACACUGUCAUACCACUGCCUGCCUAUAAUGACUUUCUGAAAUGACAGAACACAAAAAUGUACUUUUUUUUUUUAAAUGAUGAUUAUUUCCAGAGUUUAAUUUAAAUAUUGAUGAAUGCUACGACUGCUCUUUCUAUGUUUUAUAAUAUUAUUUUGUAUAUAAGGACCAAACUUCUGAAGAAUAAAACACUUUAAUUCCUUGUUAAUAUUUUGAUGCCAGUGAAUGAAAAGGGAGAUGAUGUUGUGGUGUUUUUUUAAUAAUGAAGAAAAUAUUACUGA